AUGAAUUAAGUUGAUGAAGACAUAUAAUUUGAAGAAAUAACAAAGAGAAAAUAAUACCAAUUGAUUUGUUUGCUACUAGCCAAGGAUAUCAAGUUCUAUCAUCUUUUUUAAUACUAAAAUCAAUAACCUUUGCUGCAUAAUUUAUUAAUUGAAAAGCAAGUUGAGGUAGCUCAUUAUGUCAUUAACCUAAUAUAAAAUUACAGUUAAAACCCUCUGUAAAUACUCGAUUAACCAAACCCCAUACAAUAAACUCCUUUUCUAAUUGCAUGCUAUUUUGGAUAAUUGUCAAUAAUUAAACAUCUAAUGAAAUUAGGCGUAAAUAUCAAUAGCAAAGAUCAAAACAAUUUUACGCCUUUACUAUUUGCCAUUAAAAGCAAUUAAACCUACAUUGCUAUAUAUUUGAUAUACAAAGGAGCAGAAGUACUAGUAAAAGAUCUUAAUGGAUGCAGCUUAGCACAUUGGUCAGCCUACAAUAACAAUUUAUUUAUGCUGAAGAUAUUGAAAAAUCUGUUUAAAUUUAAUGUAUUUGAGAUGGAUAAGAAAUAAAAAACCCCAUUAACUAGAGCCUAAGAAUAGCUCUCUUAUGAGUGUUCAAAUUAUCUUAAAGGUUUACUAAAGAAAAAUAAUGGCCGUAGUAAAUAUUUAACAUACCUUAAAAUACACUAUCAAUAACACAUAUGUUUCAUUGCAAUAACAGCUUUAAAUUUAUUCAUCUUAUCUAAAUUUACUGAAUUUAAAGAACCUAUUUUGAAGCAUGGAUCACUAUUUUUAUAGUUGUAUAAUGUAUUCUUUAACUUUAUUCUAUUUUAUAUUAUAGAGAAUGCUUCUAUUGCUAAAGAUGCAUUUUAUACAAAUAAUAGAAAUAAUGUGUCAAGUUUUAAUAUGUCAAAUGAAGGAUUUGGAGAUGUAUAGGGAUGUUUAGAAAUUGAUUAAACGAUCGUUCCAUUCAUAUAAGAUGAAUAAAACAAUAAUCAAUCAAUGAGUUUAAUUUGUGAUACCAUAGUUGAAAUCGAAGUAAUUAUUAAGUUAUACUUGAGAAACCAUUCAUUAGACACAUAAUCUAAUCAAUAGACUAAGGCACGCAGAUCCAAUUUGAACCUGAUUAAUUAUGUUUAGAUUGCAUGAUAGUAAAAUUGCCAAGGACUGAACAUUGUGAUCACUGCAAAUGUUGUCAUCCAAAUUUCCAGAUGCAUUCAUCUUUUUAUAAGAAAUGUAUAUAAGAUGAUGGAAUUUAUUUAUUUUACUUUACACUAAUAAUAACUUAGUUUUUAGGAUUUAUGAUCUAUUUGUAUUUCUAUGCAUAAGGGAUUAAUUUUGAAUUGGAUGAAAUAGAACUCAACUUUACCUUUGUGAUUGCAUUUUUUAUAGCUCUCUUGGUUAUCCAUCAAUGUGUAUAUAUAGUUGUAUUGUUUUAUGGAAUUGUUACAAAUAAAACUUAUUUUGAAUUAAUGAAUCUGGAGAGAUGUUGGUACAAAUACAUAACGAUCACGUAGCAGAAUGGUCUCUUAGCAAGAGUUUUAUAAUGAAUAAUUAUGUAAAUGAAAAAUUAUAAUAAUUUAAUUUAUUAUCAGAUGA